UAUUGGUCACAUUAGUUAUAAGGUAGCUAUUCUGCAAUAAUGCAUUGUACAUGUGGGAGAAUGAAUCUCUUUAUUGUUGUUGUUCAAUCAGAACAAUGUGUGCGAUGGGAUUAGUCACGUACCUAUGAAGAUGACUCCUCAAUUAUUAUUGCAGUAGAGCGUACAAGAUCAUGCUUUGAUAGAAGUUUGAUAACGCGGAAGAAAAAUCUAGCAGUACAACGGGCACCGAGAAUGAAAUUAUGAAAAGGUUUCCUGCGAUUACUGCGAAUCCAAAAGUUGCCUCCUUCCGUUCCAUCCCCGCUGCGACCCAACCAUGGAAAGAAAGCGGCUCUCCCUGGAAGUCCACACUCUUCCGCCUCCUUCAGAGCCACGAAAUCGACGAAGCCGCCCGCUUCUUCGACAGAAUUCCUUCUCCCGGCGUCCAACUCUACACCAUGAUGAUCAACGGCUACUGUCGAAUCAACCGCCUCGAUCAGGCCUUCAGACUGUUCGAGCGAAUGCCGGCGAGAGACGCCGCUGCAUGGAAUUCCAUGAUCAAGGCAGCCUUAGAUUGCGGGGAGUUGGAUCUCGGACGCAAGCUGUUCGACGAAAUGCCGGGCCGAAAUGUGAUCUCCUGGACGACGAUGGUAAAUGGCCUAUCGCAGUUUGGUCGGGUUGAUGCAGCAGAGGACCUGUUCUUGAGGAUGCCACUGCGGGAUACUGCCGCAUGGAAUGCCAUGAUCUCAGCAUAUUGUGACAAUGGGAGAGUGGCUGACGCCCGUUCAAUGUUCGAUAAAAUGCCUCAACCAAAUGUGAUUUCUUGGACCGCCAUGAUUGGAGGUCAUGACCAGAACGGGGAGAGUGACAAAGCACUGUGCCUUUUUAGUGAACUGUGGAUGUCCCGCAUGAAGCUGACGCCAAGAACCUAUGCUUGUAUCUUAACGGUAUGUGCCAAUGCAUCGGAAUUACAACUAGGCACCCAGCUUCAUGCCCAUCUUGUAAGAACAAGCUAUUCAUUGGAUCCAUUUGUUUCUACUUCACUGGUCAACCUUUAUGCUAAGUGCAAGCAAAUUGAGGAUUCAAGUAAACUAUUCACCGAGAAGCAGGAGAAGGAUGUCGUUUCUUGGACAGCUCUUAUAACCGGUUAUGGACUGAAUGAUAGACAUGAGGAUGCACUCAAAGAAUUUGAUAAGAUGACAGCAUCUCCAGUUCGGCCGAACCAGUCCACAUUCACCAGUGCAUUGAACUCCUGUUGUGGGCUACAAGCUCUUGAAAGGGGGAAAAAGAUCCAUGCAACUACUGUUAAACUGGGUCUGGAUCUUGAUAUGUUUGUGAAAAACUCUCUGAUUGUUUUGUAUUCCAAAUGUGGAGAUAUAGAUGAUAGUUUGACUCUGUUUAAUUGUAUGGAUAGGAGGAAUCUUGUAUCCUGGAAUUCUAUCAUAAUGGGAUGUGCUCAGAAUGGAUAUGGCUCAUUCGCAAUAAAGCUAUUUGAUGACAUGAGAAAGCUCAAUGUGCAACCAGAUGAGAUAACAUACACAGGUCUUCUGACUGCUUGUAGCCAUUCCAGAAUGCUCGAGAAGGGAAGGAACAUUUUCCAUAUGCUGGAAUGCGAUCCUUCAGUUGAGGUUAAGCUUGAGCACUAUUCUUGUAUGGUAGACAUUUUAGGCCGUUGUGCAAUGUUUGAAGAAGCAGAAGAACUCAUUAGAAACAUGCCGAUGGAACCAAAUGCCACAAUUUGGUUAGCUUUACUCAGUGCUUGUAGAAUUCAUGCUAACGUCGAAGUUGCUCGUAGAAUUUCAAAGAAGGUGUUUGAUAUCGACCCUGAGAACAGUGCAGCUUAUGUUUUGCUGUCAAACAUAUAUGCUUCAGCUGGACAGUGGAACGAUGUAUCACAAACUAGACUAAUGAUGAGAAGUAGAGGCAUCACAAAGGUACCGGGUGCAAGUUGGAUUACACUGAAGGGGAUGAGGCAUGAGUUUGUUUGUGGAGACCGGUCUCACCCUAUGGCCACAGAGGUAUACAAGAAGCUUGAUUGGCUGGUAGGUAAAUUGAAGGAACUUGGUUACAUUUAUGAUACAAGAUUCGCCUUGCACGAUGUCGACGAUGAGCAAAAGGAGGCUGUGCUAGCUUAUCACAGUGAGAAACUUGCACUGGCCUUUGGUCUAAUUAGUACUGUGGAAGGUAGCACGAUAAGAAUCAUAAAAAAUCUUAGGGUGUGUGGUGAUUGCCACUCGGCUAUUAAACUAAUAACGAGAGUUGUUAGGCGCCGGAUCGUUUUGAGGGAUUCAACCCGUUUCCAUCAUUUCAGGGAUGGGUUUUGUUCUUGUGGAGAUUGCUGGUGACCUUGGUUAUAGCUUUUGGUCAUUACAGAACUAUAUUGGCUUAAUUCUAUAAUGCUUCCGCUCUGCUAUUUAACUUAGGAGAAUCAGAAAAAUAAGGGAGUAAUAUCUGCAAAGAACCAUCAUCAGAUUAAUGUUAAUGGUCUGUAAAUGGAUGUUUAAUUACUCAUGGAUGACCUGAAAAAGGCUGUUCGAAUUGAGGUACUCUAACAUCAACAGAUCGUCUGCCAGGAUCAAGUACCAGUUGAUACCUUGAGCCAUCAUUUAGCUGAUGCGGUUGUACUUUAUUAUCUCAAAAUGCAGGUUCAAGGGGCCACAUGCUUGACGACAUCAGGCGAUGAGGGUUCAUGCCAACCGGUGAAGAAUUAUUGUCUCAUGUUCAGAUGGAGCUACGAUUUGGAAUGAACAAAAACGAUGUAGGUCAGGCUGAGUCCAACUCAACAAGCUAGAUUUGGGUGAGCGAAAUUGAUAUAGAUUCGGACUAUGAUUUAUCUAUCAGUUACUCUUUGAUCGAUUCAUUCCAAACACUAUUGUGAUCAGGGAUCAUAGUCAUGGGAUGAGGCUCUUCAACUCAAAUCCAAAUGCUCCUCAUGAUAUGUUGCAAAAAAGGCGGGUCCCGCCGCCCAGCGGCCCCCUCACCCCUGCCCCACGAGUAUGAGAGGGAGUAAAUCACGGUGAAUACGGGCCCGGCGAUGACAUGGCGGUCGAAGGUGUUUAGCACGGACAGAUAUUGAUGUUAUCGCAAUUGCUGCCGCAGACCUUCGACCUCCCGACCCAUGUUGCAAGAAUACCAUGUCAUAACCGGUUGAUCCCGUCCGUGGGGGCCAAAUGCUCCUCAUGAUAUGCAUAUACAAAAUGUGGUGUCUUAAUUUAAUAUUUUUAAUAAAUAAAUAUUUUACACUCAUGUAGAAGCUGUCUUGUAUAUUUUAUAGUUCAUAUUCCAUCUAACUUAUCUCCCUGUAUGAAUCAAGCUGUCUUGUAUAUUUUAUAGUUCAUA